AUGGACAUCACCAAGUUUGUCAGCGAGUUCCGCGAGUCGGCGUUCCUGCUGGGCGACUACAGCACAUAUCACACCCAGUUGUCCCGCCGUCUGCGGAUCGUGGAGAAGAAGCUUGGGCGGGCGACCCCCAAGAACGCCAAAUAUGCUGCAAAGGCCCCUGUCACUGCCGAGGACAUUGCAAAAAACAAUGAAUUUCUUCAUCUGCUGCUGCUCACCUCGGAGCGGGCAUGGGCCCAGGCAAUGGCUAUGAAGGCAGCCCACUCCGAAGACAACGCCGACAAAAACAUUACCGGCUCGACACGCAAGCACAUCGUUUCGCGACUUCACAAGGCGGUUCAGACCGCCAAACAAAUCAUCCAACUGCUUUCCGACUCAGGCGCAAGCGGCGCAAACGACACAGACGUACUAGAGGCAAAGGCAUACCGAUACGCCUUGGCUGGUGCUGAAGAAUUCGAGAAGCAGGCCGAAGGUGUCAAAGCUAGCAGCGCUUCACCGCAACGCUGGAAUUUAUGCCUGACCAACUACUCGGCUGCAAGAGUCAUCUAUAGCUCACUGCUGAAGGCUACGAAGAAGGACUUGUUCAAGGAAGUGCUCGGUGGAACGAUUGAUCCCAGCAUUCGCUAUGCUGCUUACCAGAGUCGCAUUCCCAGAACAGUUGGUGUGCCCGCUAUCGCCAGGAAGUUCUUUCCCCAGGACGAAGCAGAUUUGGUGAAGGCUGUCAAGCAGCUGGAUGCUGCGUCCUUGGAGGAGGAAGACGAUGCAUCGUCCCCAAACAUUGUGGAUGCUGCCAUUGGGCAAGCGCUCGUUUCUGCCGACGCUGCAUCGGCUGUGCUGAACGAUUCCCAAGCUGGCGCUGCCACCGCCAAGGAUCGCGCCAACGCAUAUGACGACAUUCUCAUCGCGAGUCAGGACACUGUAGACGCAACCCGAAGAGCCAUAGAGGAGUUGGAGAAGGAGGGGGUGGACGAGGGCGAUGCGCGCAUGCAGGACCUCCGCGUUACGAACCUCGCAGUGAACUACGAUUUGAUCUCUUGGAGGGUGGGCAGGAACAGGGUGCUGAUAGGUGCUGAUGACGGAAUCACUUUCCCACCAAAUCCUCCACAAAAGCCACGACGACCACGCAAAGACGGCAAGGAGUGGACAGAGCGCGAGGAGCCCACUGGUCGCAAGCUCGCCCGGUUGAGGGAGCGCAUUGCACUGUACGAUGCCAUCUUACAGAGCAUAGACUCUGUGAAGGAGCUUCGAGGUGCUGCUCGUGACACAGCCUUUGUCUCCGAGCUGGAUGGGCCAACGUGCCUACUUCCAGGCACUGAAAUGCCUAAACUUAUCGCAUUCAUACGCAUUCCUGUCGAAACCAAAGGAGGCAUUGGCACUUUGCAAUCGUGCAUUGUCCCUGUCGUCACAGGCUGUAUCUGCCCCGCGGCCUUCGACGUCCUCUCCGUCCGAGGCGUUGAAAUUAGGGGUGACAGAGCAAGGCUCGAGAAUCUUACAUCGCACUACCGGGGCGUGGUCGCACUGUCUCAGCUGUUUGCCAACUCGGAUACAGCUUCGAAGGUUGGUCUGUCGAAUGCGGCACCAGUCGUCGAGAGGCUGAACGAGUACCCGAUAUCUGGUUCGGUGGAUCUCAAGAAUCUGGUAACUUGGCCACCAAAGCUCAAGCCUGUUCCAGUCAAGCCCUUGUUCUUGGACGUUGCGUGGAACUACGUCGAGUACCCUGGCCGCACGCCAGCGAAGCAGGAACCAGUGCCAGAAAAGGCUCCAGCAGAGGAGACACAGCCGGAAAGACCGGCAGCAAAGAAGGGGUGGUUUUCUUUUGGUAGGUAA